UUUAAAAAUACCAGCAUGAAUGCAAGUCUCACUAUCAAGUGUCACCCACAUGAAAUGAGACCAGUUUCUAAAAAAAACCUCUUCAGUCUGACCCAAUCUCUGACUCAAAGUCAUGUGAAAAAGGAAGGAAGUGAGGGAGUUGACUGGAAAAGCUGGUACCCUGGUUCUGUGGUCGGGUCUGUUUUAAGGAUAAACAUCAGGAAACAGCUGAUCCAGCUCGGUCCUUCACUCACUCGUCUUCAUCAAAUCAAGAUGAGAACGUUAUUGUUGUUGCUUCUCUUCUGUCACGUUUCAUCACCAGUGCUACACUCCAUGAAGCAUAUCUUAACUGGAUCAGUAUCAGCUGGAUUCCCAAACCUAUCACAGGUUGUGGUGACAGUAGAAGUUGAUGAACUUCUGGUGGUGUCCUGUUACAGCAGCAAAAGGAUCUGUUGUUUACUGGAUCUAAAACAUGACAUUGCUAAAUCAUUCUUCAUGAAUUAUCCUGAGCGGUUGAAGUGGUACAAAGAACAGUGUGACCAGUUGUUGUCAAACUUCAAAGCCUACAUAAACAUUUUGACGACUCUCUACAACCAAACUGGAGGUGUCCAUGUUUUACAAGAGGUGAAUGGCAUUGAGUGGGAUGAUGAGACUGACGAGGUCAAAGGUUUCUCUCAGUUGGGUUACGAUAGAGAAGACUUCUUGGCAUUGGAUCCGAAUACAUUUACAUGGAACGCUCUAAGACCUGAGGCUGUCAUUGCCAAACCGAUAUGGGACGCCAGUAAAGUUAUUAGAGAAUUCUAUGAGACUGCUUUGACUCAGAUUUAUCCAGAGUGGUUGAAGUGGUAUGUGAAAUAUUGGAGGAGCGUUCUGCUGAGAACAGAGCUUCCCUCAGUGUCUCUCCUCCAGAAGACUCCCUCCUCUCCAGUCAGCUGCCUCGCUACAGGUUUCUACCCUCACAGAGCCUCACUCGUCUGGAGGAAAGAUGGAGAGGAGCUUCAUGAGGAGGUGGACCACGGAGAGAUCCUCCCCAACCACGAUGGAACCUUCCAGAUGAGUGUUGACCUGAACCUUUCAUCAGUCACACCUGAAGCCUGGACCAGGUACGACUGUGUGUUUCAGCUCGCUGGUGUGAAGGAGGAAAUCAUCACCAGACUGGAGAAAGAUCGGAUCAGAACCAACUGGGUGAAGCCCAGUAACAUGACCGUCCUCGUCACUGCUGCAGUGGUUGUUCUUGCUCUCAUUCUCAUCGGUGCUGCUGGAUUCAUCGUUUACAAAAAGAUGAAAGCCAUCAGCCCUCCAUCUGCUCCUGACAACAGCACAGAGCUCUCUGAGCAGCUGAAACCAGAGACCUGAAUGACAAACACACUCAGUGAAUCUCUAAAGACAGUAAACGAGGAAAAGAUGGAUUCUUGCAAUAUAAGUAAAGUUAUACAAAAAGGACUGAUUGAAAAGAUGGACUGUUCUAUGUUCUAUGGCUCUGAUUGGUUGUUUUAUCAAUUGUUGUUUUCUGUUGAAUUCAUACUCAAAACAAUCAGUGGACAGCAUGUGACCAGACUUUUGUUACAAACUAUUCUAACUCUAACUUUACAACUUGUACAUUGAUCUGUUCAUAAAAAACAAGUAUUGUAAUUUUGAAGUAAGACAUUAAGCAGUGGUGACCAUGAUGUCGUCCGUUUACAGCCUCACAAUAACUUUCUACUAAUCAAGAUUUAACUUAGAGUUCAUGUUCAUCUGUGAAGAUUAUCUUCAUGAACAAAACAUGUAAGAAUCAUAAACUUGUAUUUGUCACAGAGAUUAUUUUCUGCGACUUUCUAAAAUCUAAUUUUAAAAAAUCCCAUAGACUUCUUGUGGAGGGAACCAGGAUUAGCCUCCAAAAAUAGUUUAUAGCUGCACCACUCUACAGAUGGAGAAUAUGGAGUUUGGUCUCUCAUGGAGCCAGUGUGUCUCUCAUAUGAGCGGUGAGCAGAGUGGGAGAUGUAUAUCGACAAAUGUACAACUAUGAACUUAUGAGACUAAACAUGUAAAUUCCUUUACACUGAUGAACAUGAAUGAAUGUUAGACUCAAAUGUGUUGUUCUUUGGUUUUGUGCUGAUGUUUGUCUUUUCAAUAAAAUCCUCACAUUUUAACAAG